AUGCAGAAAGUUGAUGCAUACCAGCCCAUCGGUCCCAACGAUAAGACAGUUUCGAUAUUACGAGCAUUCUACACCUACCUUCCGGCAGAUGGGAGGGUCAAUUUCCUCCACCAUCUCCAGCCACUUCAGACCAACCAACAAUUACAUGAUCAUGCUCAGUCAUUGACCAAUGGCCUAGUGGCACCAUUACUAUCGCUGCGCUCGACCCCGAGUAUUUCCCCGCGUCUCGGAAUGGAGGACUCCAUUGACAAUAUCGCUUCCGAGUCGGCUGGGCCGAUGGCAAGAGAAGCUCGCCUCAAGACAGAGUGCCUUGCCCGUGAUGGCAGCAGAUGUGUUGUGACUGGACUUUUCGAUGAAGAUUCUCUUGAUGCAAGCAGCACCAGCCCCACAACAUGCACAGAAUGCGUGCACAUCAUCCCGUUUGCCCUUGCAUCGUGGAGCACGGGUCUGAAGGCUAUGCGAAAGACAUCAUCUGGACAAACCUUAUCCGCCAUUUUCCGACAAUCCAGUCGAUGA